ACUACGGCUACUGUAGGAACAGAUACAGAAGAUGAAUUAGCUACAGGAACUACAGAAAUAGUCCAGCCUGCUGCUACUACUACAACGACGACUAAAAAUUAUGCUCGAGAACCAGUUGAACGUAUUGAAAAGUAUAUAUUAGAAUAUAUUCAUUUUUGUACACAACAUAUGAAAAAAUUGGCCCAAUCUCGAAUACAAUUAGCUAAAGUUCAAAUGGAUGAAUUUAAAGCAUUGGAAGAUUUUGAACAAAUAGCUAGCCCAACUCAAUGGAAUAUUCAUUUAAUAUUAAAACCUAAAAUUAAGAAUUGGUCUACAAAAAAUAAAAAUUAUCAAAUAUUAUCAAAACGUGUUGAAUUAGAUUUACCUCCAAAAAUUAUUGAAAAAGUUGAUUUUUCUUUUAAAAUUGAUGAAUCAAUUAUAAGUCAAGAUGAAGCUCAAGCCACUUAUAAUCAAAUGUGUCAAAUUACCAAAGAUUUUCGUAUUCAAGCAAUGACAUUAUAUGUUCAAUCAGCUGCUAGAGAAAAUGAAAUCUUAUCAAAUGAAAUUAAAGGUAUUGUUGAUAGAUUUCCUCAAGAUAAUGAUGAUGGUUUUGAUGCUGAACCUGGAUUUCUUGCUCCAGCAAUAAUUAAUGAAGCAAAUAUUCGAUUAAAUGAAGAAGAACAUCAAUUAUUAAAAUUGGGACCUAAAUUUAUAUUUAAUGACCCAAAAACAGCUGCUCGACGACGUAUAACUGAGUUGGCUGCUCUUCGUCGAAAAAUUGAAAAUUGUUUCUUUCGAAAGAAAGUGAGCCCUGGUCGUCCUCUUCAACAAUUUAUAGCUGAAUUAGAUGUUCUUCUUCAAACUUUACAUAAUGUUUCAACAGUAGACAAAUAUUUAAAUAAAAAUGCAUUAAUUGAUAAUAAUACAAAUCAAAAUAAAAGUAUUAUAGAAAUUAUAAAUAGUCAAUUAUCUCAAUCACAAAUUGUUAAUAUAAUUAAAAUUAAGAAAAAGAAAAA